ACUGCAGAUGCAUAGAAUGCUUUUGCAAAAGUAGUUGUCAGGGAAGGCCCAUCAGGGAUUCAUCGACACAAAUCGUAGAGUGGAGUCCUUUGGAAAUCAACCUAAUUGUGGAACAACCUUUGGCCAUCGCUAGUGAAAGAAAUAAUUGUGUUUGUCAAGUGUUCGGAACCUUUGGAAUUCGAAAUCCGAGGCUCUUUUGCAGUCCAGCGAGUUCCUUCAGCUGGCCUCUCAGGUGGGAAGCCUUGAUGAAGGUUGCAUGGACUUUGCCCGCUUCCUCUACUUGGUACACUCAGACACAUGGCCCAGACGGGCUUUCGGCCAUUCCGAGUCAUCAUUUCAGUCCAUCCCGUUCCUCUCGUUCCUCUCGUUCGUUCCGCAGUUGGCAUGUUUUGGAAGCAGAUUUCCUUUUCGAAGAAUGCAACCCGAAGAUUCAAACUGACUCACUGUUCAAAUCUUUAUUUGUUUCGGCAGCAACACCUGAGGGAUGCGAAGGCCAACACUUCAGACUGAAGCAUUUUCGGGAUGGUCAUCUCCAAACGAAGAAAUGAAACUUCGGAAGUGCGUGAUGCGCCUACUUUUCCUUUUAGACUCAGUCUGACCACACAAAUCUGAAGGGGAAGUGAUUUGACUUGGGAUCUGAAACUAACAGAGCGUCUGAGCGUCUGAGGUGCGUCUUCUGCAGUCCAGAGCUCUCCGGGAGGAUUUGGUACCCAUCUUUGAGCGCAUGCUCAGGAGGCGGAAGAAGACCGGGAAGUUCAGCGUGAAUGCCGUGGGGAUACCAGAAGUGAGCCAGGCCUUGGAAGCGCUUCAUUUGGGACCCAAGCAACGGGAAGAUCAGAAGAAGAUCACAGAGUUCCUGAAUGAUGUGAAUGAGUUCGGCUUCUCGCCGUUGACCUUGGACUUUGAAGCCUUCGUUCGCUUUGUCCGCCAGGUCAAGGAGUGGCAAGCUAUUUGCACUCGUGCUGCCGACCGGGCCUAUGGUGCUGAUUUGGGACUCCAAGAACGGAUGGUGGAUGAGUUCCGCGUGAUCUUCGACAUCAUUGACAGCAGCGGCAGCGGAGAGCUGGACCUGCUGGGCGUGAAACGGGCGUGUGGACUGCUGGGACAGAAGAGCCUUUCCUUCGAAGAGCUCCGGAAGAUCUUUGAGACGCUGGACAAAGAUGGCAGUGGUGCCAUCGAUUUCCUCGAAUUCUUGCACAUGACAAACAUGGCAAACCUUGGCAAGCCCAAAGGAAGAGCUACGAUCAAUGCGAAUGCAGCAAUUUUCGCCCCAUUUGGAUGGUCUGAAGACCGGUGAGACACGUGGAGAGUUGGAUGUGUAUUUGGGUAUUGAUUUUCUUCGGACUGGUCGGAC